UUCCGCUCAUCGGAUGGAGGUUUGUCUUCGGUUUCUCUCUAACAUUUUAGCUCACUCAUACACUUUCCCCAUUGUAGGGGGUUGAGGUUUUUUGAGAGUGUGUGUGUGUGCACAAACGAGCAGAGGAAGUGAAAGUGUGAAAUAUAAAGGUUGUGUAAAGAGUAGUUUCAGUCAUCGUCUACUGCACAGCUACGAUGAGGUCGCUUGUCUAUCUUCCUUUCUGCCUGGUGCUGUUUCUGCUCUGUCGUACUGCAGAAACAAGUCAGCGUUCUUCAAAUUGCUGUUUGAAGACUUUCAACUGCAGAAUAAAUAAAGACAGAGUGGUGGAUUAUAGAGUGCAGAAUGCAGGAGUUUGCGCUGUCAGUGCCAUUGUCUUGCGGAUAAAACAAAGCAAAACAAAGUGUUGUAACCCAGACUCAAAGUGGACCAAAGAUAUUAUGGAAGUGGUGGACCAGAAAAAAAUGUCAAAACAAAACUCUGAUCCAAAAGUCUCACCAAGCUAAAAUAGAAGAAAACGUGGAAAGGGACGCAAACAGAAGAAAAUAAUUUAAUUUUUCUUUUAUUUUUCUUUUGUGUUCAAUGUGUGGCAGCCAAAUAAUAUAAAUAAGUAACAUUUAUGACUGUUUUAUGCUGAAUGUUGACUCUUUUGAAAAGCUGAAUGU